UUCAUUUUUAGUAUUCCCGUUACGUUUGUUUUCUUUUUUUUUUAUUUCAGUAUACAGCAUUGGGAUUUUUCUAUUGAUGGAAUACCUUCAAACGAAUUUGCAAGGAGAAAGGUACAUGAGACGGAUGUGCUACCCAAGUAUUAUUACAGAGAUGAUUGUAUUAAAUUAUACGAGUGUAUUCAUCGAUAUGCAUCUAGCUAUAUCGAUAUCUACUAUGUGAAUGAACAAGAUGUCACUGACGACCAUGAGUUACAAAACUGGGUAGAGUGUAUUUCGAAGCAGGCCAUACAUGGUGGCAUCGGUCUAAAGGGCUUGCCAAUGAAGGAUGGUAGAGGUCAUAUGCCUUCAAAAGAACAAUUAAAAUUGUUUAUAACUACUGUCCUCUAUAUCUCUAGUGUGUCACAUGCACACGCCAACUUCCUUCAGUAUGAAGAAUAUGCAUUUCCUGCAAAUUAUCCAUCAAUGAUAAGGACUCCGUUGUUAAAAGACAAAACACCAAGAACAGAGAAGGAUAUCCUUGCAGCCCUGCCCGAUAAAGCUACGACUUUAAAUGUUAUGGCAAUCACAAACCUAUUGAGUGCUAAGACAACCAAAUCUUUAGGGGAUUUUGAAACACAAUAUAUCUAUGAUCCGAAAGCUCUUGUAUGUGUCAGAGAAUUCCAGAGAAAUCUGAAAACUAUCAGUGGCGAAAUCAAAAAAAGAAAUAAGACCCUGAAAAGACCUUACAAAGUUCUUGAUCCAGCCAACAUUCCUAAUGCUAUUAGUAUUUAAAAUAGAACACACGGACGGACACACAUGCACACACACACACUCAUGUAUAUAUGUAUCUACGUUUGUAUAUACACAAAGACACACACAUGUAUAAAUACAGAUUGCGGGUUUACUAUUAUUUACAUUUUUCUACAUUUCUCGUCAAUGGAGAAAGGGCGGGUUUCGAACUUAGAUCCAAGGCUCCCUCAUUGGAUCUUCAGCAGCAUCAACAGAGAAGUUAUCCAUGUUUGUAUUUUUAUACGCAAGUUUUUAGACUCAGUGCAUCUACAUACAGAUCUGUAUGCGUUUGUUUUAUGUGUGUAUACUCAUACAUGUGGGCUGUCUUUCUAGAUAUGUGAAGUUGGGAAGUUUUACGUAUUCUGACAGUUCUAGUGACGGCUCGUAUGUAUGCAUGUAUGGACCCCCAGGCAGAAGAUAAACUGUUUUUACUUCUAAUUUUUAUAAAUGUUUACUGAUAUUUGAUUAGAUGAGAUACAUUGAAACCGGUAAUAUUUUUUUAAUAAAAUUUUAAAAUCAUUUUUAUAAAAUUCCCUUUUAAAUUAAAGUGUCUUAGACUUACUUCUGUGCUACUUCCACCUCCACCUUUAAUACAGAAAUAUUUUAUAAAUAUACUAGCAG